CUUCAACGGCGGGGCUUGCGGGAAAGAUGGAGUGUUCUACGCCGGGUACUACGGAGGCUGCGGACCCUGGAGGGGCCGGACCGUACAAGAGCUCCGAGGAGCAAGAGGGUCGGGAACCGGACGGAGUGCACUUCGACCGCGAGAGGGCGCGCCGCCUGUUGGAAGCGGUGUCCGGUGCUCAGCCGGCGGGGAGGGAGGAAGUGGAGCACAUGAUCCAGAAGAACCAGUGUCUCUUCACCAGCACCCAGUGUAAAGUUUGCUGUGCCAUGCUGAUUUCUGAGUCCCAGAAGCUGUCACAUUACCAGAGCAAAAAACAUGCCAACAAAGUGAAGAGCUACCUAGCAAUCCAUGGAAUGGAGACACUAAAGGGGGACGUGAAGAGGUUAGACUCAGAUCAGAAGAGCAGCAGAAGCAAAGACAAGAACCACUGCUGCCCCGUCUGUAACAUGACCUUUUCCUCCCCUGUUGUGGCACAGUCGCACUACCUGGGGAAGACCCACGCAAAGAACUUAAAGCUGAAGCAGCAGUCCACUAAGGGGGCAGCUCUGUCGAAACACCUUACAAAUCCUUUCCUUGUGGCCUCCACCUUAGCCUUGCACCAGAAUAGAGAGAUGCUAGACCCAGACAAGUUCUGCAGCCUCUGCCAUUCAACCUUCAACAACCCUGUCAUGGCUCAACAACAUUAUAUGGGCAAGAAACACAGGAAGCAGGAGACUAAGCUCAGACUCAUGGCGCACUAUGGGCGACUGGCAGACCCUGCUGUCUCCGACUUAACAGCCGGGAAGGGCUAUCCCUGUAAGACGUGUAAGAUAGUGCUGAACUCCAUAGAACAGUACCAAGCUCACGUCAGUGGCUUCAAACACAAGAACCAGUCACCCAAAACAGUGGUGUCACCUAUGAGCAAGAUGCCAGAGCAAACAGAGCCCACUCCAAAGGACUCAAGUGUGGUGGAAGACUAGAGAUGUCUCUGCCUGGUCAGCCUUGUUGGGACAGCCACAAGCCAGUUCCCGGUGAUUGUGGAGCCCUUGGCUCCCUCUUCCUCCUUUCUGAUAUCAGAAGAAUAUGGAGGCAUGAGGCCAAAUUGGGGUACAGACAGCCUCUGACUGGGCCCGGGUGGAGAGCUCCCCCUGGCCUCCUCUUUAGCAUGACCCUACUGGUCAUGUAGGAGACAGGGCUCCAGAGAAGACCUGAGGUGGUGGUUUAGAGGUUAGCCUUCCCUAGCCCCUCUGGGUGCA